AUUUAGUAACGGGUCAAAAAGACCAAACUACCCUCUUUGGCCCAAUUCUCUUUCUUGUCUUCUUUAUUUUUUUCCUCAAAAGUUUCUAGGGUUUCAAAAAUGGCAAAUAACAGCAAUAAAGAAGAACCAAGUACUGCUCCAAAGCCUAAUCGAUGGUACAAUAUAAGUUUAGGUUCUUCCUUCAAGGACCAACACCAACCAUCUUCCAAAUUGUGCACUUUACGCUAUGAAUUUAAGCCGGCAUCAAUUGAUAAGAACCAACCAGGAUUAUUCCACAAGGCUAAGGAUAACCGGGUUAAGGUAGAAUUUGAAAACAACCAACAUGGAAAACCCAAGGUGACAUUUGAGGGUGUCAGUGAAGAUUACAAGGAUAAUGAUGCAGUUUUGUUCUUUGAUGGUGAGACCUUUCGGUUAGAACGGUUACACCGAGCUGUGAAGCGGUUGAGGCAUGUACGGCAGCCUGGUGAAUCCACAGCUGCAGCUACCACAGCCUUGGCUCCUUCAGCUGGCCCUGCUGCAGAGUCAUAUUCACCUCCACUUGGUAAAGGACUGAAGCCUGAGUCUUUGAACAAAGGCCCAGUUAUGCCAUUGCCACUUCAGGUGGAACGAAUUGACACUGGUGACUUCGAGAGUGGAGAAUCUAGAAAGGAGAACAAUGCAGAGUACCCAUCAUCAAUUCCUAAUCAACCAACUGCAUCACCAUAUCCUAAAAAUUAUGAAUCAGAAGAACAGGUGGAUAUAGUCAAUGAUGAUGAUGAUAAUGAUGGUUUGGGGACAGAUAAGCAAGACAAUGCCGCUGACAAGGUUUCCACUGGUAUUGGCAUUGAUAUCAACUUACCACAUCAAGUUGACACAGAUGAUGAGAUUGCUGAUGUAGAUGUAAGUGAUGAUGAAGAACAUAAAGUGGGACGUAAUGCAGCCGAAGCUCUUAGAGCUCAGGUGAAUGCUGAAGGGAAAGAAGAACAGACUUCAAGCUCAAGCAGUAGCAGUGGAAGUGAGAGUAGCGGGAGUGGUAGUGGAAGUGGGAGCGGGAGUGGGAGCAGUAGUAGUGAUAGUGAAAGCAGUGAUGGUGACUCUGUCAUCUCUAUUUAAAUGGUUAGAAUCAUGCAGAUUUACUUAGUCUUCCAACAACAGCCUAGUAACUGUUUUACAUGGCAUACUUUGGCAUUGUUGUUGAAUUACCGGUUGAAAAACUGGGGUUAAAAGAUUGUUGUGAAAAUUUACUAUGGAAAAGGUUUUUUUAGAUUUUUUGAUUGUUUAGCUUUGCAGUGAAUUAAAAUGUCCAAAAAGGCAUUGAUGAACUAAUGAGAAACUGAGUUGUACAGAGAUAUGCAAGUAGUUUUGUUAGAAAGU